AGGGACCGAAACCCUCGUGACUGGAACGCUCGUGGCGCAAGUUCCACCACCCCAUUUAGAAAAAUAGUGACACCCACACCCCUUCCAGGACGGGCCAGGGCGCUACCACGCUCCCGGGACCGAGGGGAGGCUCCUAUCCGGACGUGACAGCACUUUGACCCGGAACAGGAGGGAGCCGGGUCAGCGGGUUCUCGGCCGCGGCUAUGGAGGGAGCCGGUUACAGGGUGGUGUUUGAGAAGGGAGGCGUGUACCUGCACACCAGCGCCAAGAAGCACCAGGACCCGGACUCCCUCAUCGCUGGCGUCGUCCGUGUUGUGGAGAAGGACAACGACGUCCUUCUGCACUGGGCUCCGGUGGAGGAGGCUGGAGAUUCCACCCAGAUCCUCUUCUCCAAGAAGGAUGCCAGUGGAGGGGACUCCUGCACCUCGGAGGACGAGCCAACCUUUGACCCCGGCUAUGAACCCGACUGGGCUGUCAUCAGCACUGUGCAGCCACGGCCCCGCCGCUCAGAACCCACGAGGGGUGCGGAGCCCAGCUGCCCCCGGGACUCCUGGGCCUUCUGGGUGAGCCUGGGGGAGCUCAAGUCCAUCCGCCGGUCCAAGCCAGGCCUCAGCUGGGCCUACCUGGUCCUGGUGACCCAGGCCGGGGGCUCCCUGCCCGCCCUGCACUUCCACCGCGGGGGCACCCGCGCCCUGCUCCGCGUCCUCAGCCGCUACCUGCUGUUGGCCAGCUCCCCGCAGGACUCCCGCCUCUACCUCGUCUUCCCGCAUGACUCCUCCGCGCUCUCCAACUCCUUCCACCACCUCCAGCUCUUCGACCAGGACAGCUCCAACGUGGUGUCCCGCUUCCUCCAGGACCCCUACUCCACCACCUUCAACAGCUUCUCCCGCGUGACCAACUUCUUCCGGGGAGCCCUGCAGCCCCACCCGGAGGGGGCCUCCCGCGACCUUCACCCGGUCCCCGACGACGAGCCCGAGCCUGGGUUCGAGGUCAUUUCCUGUGUGGAGCUGGGGCCCCGGCCGGCCGUGGAGCGGGCGCCCCCGGUCACAGAGGAGGAGUGGGCCCGCCACGUGGGCCCCGAGGGCCGCCUGCAGCAGGUCCCCGAGCUGAGAGCCCGGAUCUUCUCAGGAGGUCUGAGCCCCAGCCUGAGGCGAGAGGCCUGGAAGUUCCUCCUGGGCUACCUCAGCUGGGACGGCUCCGCCGAGGAGCACAAGGCGCACGUGCGCAAGAAGACGGACGAGUAUUUCCGGAUGAAGCUGCAGUGGAAGUCGGUGAGCCCCGAGCAGGAGCGGAGAAACUCGCUGCUGCACGGAUACCGCAGCCUCAUCGAGAGAGACGUGAGCCGCACGGACAGGACCAACAAGUUCUACGAGGGUCCCGAGAACCCGGGGCUGGGCCUGCUGAACGACAUCCUCCUCACCUACUGCAUGUACCACUUCGACCUCGGCUACGUCCAGGGCAUGAGCGACCUUCUCUCCCCGAUCCUCUACGUCGUUCAGAACGAGGUGGACGCCUUCUGGUGUUUCUGUGGCUUCAUGGAGCUUGUGCACGGGAACUUCGAGGAGAGUCAGGAGACCAUGAAGCGGCAGCUCGGGCAGCUCCUGCUGCUCCUCCGGGUGCUGGACCCGCCGCUCUGUGACUUCCUGGACUCCCAGGACUCUGGCUCUCUCUGCUUCUGCUUCCGGUGGCUGCUCAUCUGGUUCAAGAGGGAAUUCCCCUUCCCGGAUGUUCUUCGGCUGUGGGAGGUGCUGUGGACGGGGCUUCCGGGCCCCCAUCUGCACCUGCUGGUGGCCUGCGCCAUCCUGGACAUGGAGCGGGACACCCUCAUGCUCUCAGGCUUCGGCUCCAAUGAGAUCCUCAAGCACAUCAACGAGCUGACCAUGAAGCUGAGCGUGGAGGACGUACUGACCAGGGCCGAGGCCCUCUACCGGCAGCUGGCCGCCUGCACGGAGCUGCCGCACAACGUGCAAGAGGUCCUGGGCCUGGUCCCGCCCGCAGCGCCGCACAGCCCCUCGCCUCCCGCCUCCCCACUGCCGCUGUCGCCCACCCGCACCCCGCCGGCCCCGCCACUCCCCGCGGACGCAGCGGCGCAGCCGGACAGCAGCCUGGAGAUCCUGCCUGAGGAGGAAGAGGAGGACGGCGUGGGCUCCUAAGUUGCUGGGCUGGGCUGGCCCGGCUGCAGCCUGCCCGGCGCACAGCACUUUAUCCAGCUCCCGCCCCGUGACCACACCCACGGGCUGGGGGUGGAGCCAGCAAAGGGGCGGGGCUCCCGCCUGGCCCCGCCCUCCGAUUAGCCGGUUUCAUUAACUGACAUUUCUGUGUCCCGUUGGCCGCCUGUAGGUGUAGGAAGGGGAGGGGGUGGUGCGUGUUCCCCUCUGACCGCUCCGCCGAGCAGGUGUUUGACCGCGGACCCCGAACCGGCCAAUGAGAUUAAGAGGAGGUCCCUUGGGGGUGAGUGGUGUGGGGGAGGGGCUUGUGGAGGCAGGUGGAGGAGUGAGGAUGGGGUGCAGCCUUAUAGGGCAGGGACACAUCCUGGACAUAACUGACAUGGAAGGGCCUACAGAGCUGCUCAGACACUGAGGACCUGCCUACCAGCGUUACUGGAGGA